UGCCGGCGACCUCAUCGGAGGGCGUCCUUUGAGCCAGUUCAGGUUUAGCAAAUAAUAUCUUAACCACAUUCAGUAUCCACAUAUAUCAGUGUCUAUCGGCAUCUCAGUUUCAAGGAGAUAUCGCAAAUAGGCAUCCCUUGCGUCGUGUGAAGAUUAUGACAUAAAGACUUUAUUGCUCCAGAGUUUGCGAUCGUAAAUAUAAUGGAGCAAAUACCGAAUAACCACGUUAAUCGGUCACUUAGGCCAGCUGUACCGCAACCACAGCAGAGGCCGCAGUUCCAACCCGGUGGACCCGUGACCAGUCCACCGCAGUUCGUUCCUCGAUCCGGAAACCAAGCACAGAGGGGGCCUGUCCCCGCCGGCCCUCCAGGUUCGCCACAGAUUCGAAAUCAAGCUCCGCUCAUAAGACCGUCUCUACAACCUACUGCGACUCAGCAAGGCCCAAGACUCGUACAAUCUCCUACUGCUGCUCCUAUACAACAAAGAGGUCCAGUUCCGAAUAAUCUUCAAUUUGGCCCACGACAACCGCCACAGUUUGGAGGCGUAACAACACCUGAGGGAGCCAGACCUCAAACGAUACUUCAAACAAACGGGACACCUAAGAUAAAUACUGCAUUAAACGCACCAAUUAAUACUCAACUUACCAGGCAAUCUUCACAAGGGUCCUUAAAAGGUCUAGACUUGUCUAACCGGUACCAAAACAAACCAGUCAACCUGGAGAACCAAAAUGCAUCCAAUGAAAGUCUUAAUAAACCUGACAUUGGCUAUGAAGUGUCGGGAGCGACUAAAGGAAGAAGUUAUAGUAUUGCAGCCGCGCCAGGGGCACCCAGUCCGCUGAAAAUGGAAAUGGAUGACCGAAGAAAAUCAGUAAGUGCUGUUGGUGGGAGAUACGAAGAACUGGCUAGUCAAAGUCCGGGACUUGGGCUAAUCCAAGAAAUGAGAGCCAGUAAGGACAAUAUUCGUGGGUCCAAGGAAAGCAUAAGAUCAGAAGCAUCUGUAGAAGGGGGUAAAGAUAUAGCUGAACGCCCAGAGUCACGUCUUGCUGGAUCCAAGAUGACAGAAUCUUUUAUGGGUUCUUUGUCAAAUCUAACUCCUAAGAAAAAAAUAGACGAUGACGAUGAUGUUGUUUCGCAGAAUUACUUGACUACUAUGAAAAAUGAAACGUCCCAAAAUAAGCCUGAUCUUUCUGAUCGAUCACCAUCGUUAACUCGAAGUGACGAGUCACCAGAACCAAAAAAUACAUCUCAAAGUUCUGUUUUAUCCAAUAAAUCUCAAGGGGGUACACCAGAACCGCAGCGUCCAAAAACACCAAAAAUGGAAAUAAAACAAGAAUACAAGCCAGAGCCUCCUAAGGAAAUAAAACAAAAUGUUACACCUUCUAAAACACCUUCAAAAUCUCCUAUAUUAGAAUCCAAAUCACCUAUUUCCAAUAAUAAGAAACCUACCGAUCUGAAAACUUCAGUUACUCCCUUUGAUUCUAAAAAAUCAACCCCUCGUAAAAUUGUAUCUGCUCCAAGUUAUCGCCAGAAAGAUGGAGAUAAUGACAGUGGUGUGGACGAAUCUACACAGGGAAAUGAUAUCAACGGGUCUCCUGGCUCACCUAAUAAGAAGUUGCCGAGCAAAUUACCCAUGAAAGAGAAGUCUAGCAGUAGCCUAAAACAGAGUCUGUCACGGUCAUCAAGCAAAAGUGCCACCGCCAAAACACCUGAGACUCCACAACCAAAUGAUAAGAAGAAAGUACCAAUGAACAAAGUUCAAGUUGGUAAUGCGCCUUCUCCGAACAUAAAAGCAGUAAAAUCUAAGAUCGGUUCUUUGGAUAACACUACAUAUAAACCAGGCGGUGGAAAGGUGAAGAUUGAAAAUAGGAAGCUCGAUUUUAAUAACAUAACACCAAAAAUUGCCGCUAAAAAUGAAGCUUACACUCCAAGUGGUGGAGCUAAAAAGAUUACAACGACGAAAUUGGAGUGGAAUGUAAAGUCAAAGGUUGGUUCACUACAAAACACUUCGUAUAAACCUGGAGGAGGCGACAAGAAAAUAGAAACAGUGAAACUUGACUUCAAAGAAAAGGCGAAGCCAAAGGUCGCUUCCACUGUUAACAUUACUCACAAACCUGGAGGUGGUGGUGUAAAGAUUGAAAAUCAAAAGUUGGAUUUCAAAGCGCAGAGCAAAGUUGGCUCACUCGACAACGUAAAACACAAGCCAGGCGGCGGCGACAUUAAGAUAUUUGACGACAAGGAUUACAUUAAGCAAAUUGGUGGACAAUCUCCUCUUCCCAAUAGCCAUGGCCAGUCGCGACAGGAGCCAGAAUAUUUAUACACAUAUUAUUGAAUAAGUUUUGGUGGCGUAAGAGCCCAGUACCAUCGCCGGCGCAGCCUCCGAAGGAAGAUGAAAAUUUAAACCAACAACCGUGUUAAAACACGCCAUGCUGCAAAUUCAAUGUCGAUUCAUUUAUUAUCGACACCAAUUGAAGAGUCCAAACUUUUUUAAUAUAUACUCAGAGGCACAAUUAUCCACCCACUUUGAUAUUAAAGUGGAUACUUGCAUCAUAUUAAAGUGGGCGGAUAAUUGUGCCUCUGAGUAUAUUUUUUUAUUUCUACCUUGUUAAUGUUUAAUGUACCCAGUAUGAAUCUUGUGCGAAUUUCCAUCUUUAUUAAAUUUUCAUGAGUUUAAUUAAUACACAUAAUUAAAAUAAUUUUACAUAUUGUCAUGUCGUUCUUGGACAAUAUUAUGUGAAUGUUGAAUACGUUUGUGUACACGAUUGUUAUUUUGAUCUAUGUAUAGUAUAUUUACUCUCUUAGCUACAACAUAGAAGGAAUGAAUGAGUGCCAAUACAUAAUACUAUAAAAUACGUCGGACUGUUUAAAAAACACAUUUUUGAUACAAAUGUGUUAAUACAUAACUGAAACCACGAAUACACAGCUUUUUUUACAAUGUCAGAGCUACAGUAAGAGUGGUUACAGUCAAAAAUAAUAACAGUUAAUUCAUUUUGUGAUUCAUGCAAUAUAUCGUUUAGGUAGUGCUAUCAGUUAUAAUCAGAUUUCAAGCUGACGCUAUAUUGGGCCGCUGAAACAGUGAUUCGAGGACAGAAUAUUGUGGAUAUAUACUCAGAGGCACAAUUAUUGGCCCUCGGUUAAUAAACGCGAGUAUAUUAAAGUCGGCGGAUAAUUGUGCCUCUGAGUACAUUAAAAAAAAUAUAGCGAAUAUACGAAUAUACGGCAUAUGAAGGGAACCCCCCUUACAAUCUUUACCGACUCAUAUUCGAGAAAUAAUAACCAUAAUUUCCGUCUUGGUAAAUGAUUCACAGUGAGAUGUUUCUAAUAAACAAUAUUCUAUGGUAAAUACCUAAAAGUACACAGUGGCAUAGCUACCCAGGGGCUAGGCAGUGCCCCGGGGCCUUCAAGCUCAGGGGGCCCUUCCUUACCAGAAAAUCGCGAUCGAAUUUAAAUUAAAAAAAAUUCGAAAGCAAAAAAGAACAGAUGUAUAUUUUUACAUGAUUGGACGGGGCCCAUUUUUUUAUUUACACCAGGGUCCUUAGUUAUCUAGUUUCGCCACUGAAAGUACAUAUAGGAUUGUCGAUUUUAAAUAAAAAUAUGGUGUCGCCAAGUGAUCGGCCCAAUGUAGCUUUGGUCUUUUUAGUAUCAUAGUAGUCGGAAACGCAAUUCCCACUUUGUAUUUUGUACAAACACGAGUAGCACACUUUAUAUAUUAAUUAUUUUUAAUUAAUCAUUGAUUUAUAAUAUAAAAAGCACAUUUAGUUUACUAGAUUUUUAGUAGAUUUUUUAAGUAUUUUACAAGGAUACGUAAGUUGUGCGUUUCUAGAGCUACAAACCCGAUAAGUUCCUCGAAGCCAACAAAAAAAAUUUCAUCAGGUAAAAUUUACAUUUUAGUCAGUAGUUUGUGUAUUUUUUUUAUAUUGUAAAUCAAUGCACAUAUUGAAAUGAUUUUUGUGCCUCUAUAUAACGUGUUUUAUUCUACCUAGAUAUAUAUUAUGACAGUUUUGAGCUUAAUAAUGUUACCAAUUUUUUAUUUGGCGUCCCUACGUGUCGGAUAUUUAUCAUAGAUUUGCACAGUGAGAUGUUAUUACCUCUAGAACAGGCGUUCGUUUUGUCGCUGAAAUCGGCGCGUUAUACAGCCCUUAAAGAGGACCUUAAUAUACCUACAGCCAAUUUGUAGGCCUUCUACCGAUGAUAACACCAUACGGCCUAGUAAUCAGUGGUAGGCUUUAUAAGAGAGUGGAUUUGUAGCUUAGGAUAGCCAUUACUCUACUCCAAUGAGGAGUGGCAGGUAACUUCGGAUGAAUAAAAUAAAUAAAUUAUGGCUCAGUUGAUAACGCGCUGACUACUUAUACCUCAAUAUUCCUCAGGAUUCACCUUUUCAUCUCGACGAUACCGUCAAUGAAACUGCACUGAAAGGCACCCAAAUGGUUUCAUUUCAAUUUAGUCGAUAGUAAACAGCGAUAGAGUGCAGACGUAUAGUAGGUUUAAAAUCAUUGACUUGCACCGGGUAAUAACAUGUCACUGAUUUGUGUGUAUGAAGAUAGUAGGUAUAACAUGGAAUGGUGACUGAAAUUAUGCAGAGUUCUCGUCUCAGCACCGAGUGAUUUGUACUACAAGUAUUAUACGCUGACCUUGCUUGACUGUAUUGUUUAAAUGGCACGCGGAUUUUUGCAUAUUUUGUACGGAGAUUUUUCAUAGAAUUCGUUUUAAAAUAUGGCGUUGAACCGAGAACUGUGCCGGUUCGCGAUUGACUGAGCAAAAUUAUUAUUAUUAGAGUAUUAGUAUUUUAUAUGUGACUAUUGUUGUAAGAUUUAAUUAGAUUUAGAUAGACGUAUUAAGUUAACGCUGAUGCUUAAGUCACAUUUAUUUGCGUUGACACUGAAACUUAUGUAACGUAGAGCGCUGCAUUUGUUUAAUUUAAGACAUUGGAAAUUGUAAUUCUUUGUAAUAAAUCGUUCAUCACGAUUUUUUUUUAUAAAUAUUCAAGAACUAGAUAGUAUCCAUCUAAGCUCAUCGUGAAUUUUUAAAUUUAUGCAGAAUUUUUAAAUAAAUAUACCUUACUAAUAUUGUAGACAUUAUUGGAAAUUAUAAACAACUAGAAUCAAUACGAUUAUUGUGUAAUGAAAGAUAAUGAAACACGUAAUUUUAAUACAAGUUAAUGUCUCAA